GGUAGAUGGCGACAGAAGAAGUUGUGUGGCGCUGUUGCUCAUUAAGUAUACAUAAAAAAAAAUUAAAUUGCACACAUAUUUAUUAUUGAAAGGUGCUUAAUACAAAGAGAGAGAGCGUGCGAGCACAACACAGAAGAACAGCAGCAACAGCAACAGUGGCAGCGCACAGUGAGCCGCAGCGUUUGCGAAACGACAACCCCAGCAACAACAACAACAACAACAGAAGCAGUAGCAGCAGCAGAGAAAGAAGCAGAGACUGUAACAGUAGCAGCAGAAGCCAGAACGACGUUGACGGUGACGGCGACGACGACACAAUGAACACACUGAGCGCAAACACAAACGGAAGCGGAUCUGCUGCGACGGGCAAUGGAAAUGGCAACGGGAAUGGCAACGGGAACGGCAAUGGGAAUGGGAACGGGAAUGGCAACGCUGCCACCACAUCGAAUGCGGCCACAACAGCCGGCAACGCUAGCGGACUCGAUGAGAUGGGCGGCGACGCCAGCUCGCGCAGGCAGGCAACGCGUGUGUUCAAGAAGAGCUCAUCGAAUGGCAAAAUCACCGUCUAUUUGGGCAAACGGGACUUUGUGGAUCAUGUGUCGCAUGUAGAUCCCAUCGAUGGUGUUGUCUUCAUUGAUCCCGAAUAUGUUAAGGAUCGCAAAGUGUUUGGCCAAGUGCUGGCCGCAUUUCGCUAUGGACGCGAGGAUCUCGAUGUGCUGGGUCUGACAUUCCGCAAGGAUCUGUAUUUGGCGCACGAACAAAUCUAUCCGCCCAUGCAACUGGAACGAGCCAUGACCCGGUUGCAGGAGCGACUCAUCAAGAAACUCGGGCCGAAUGCGCAUCCAUUUUACUUUGAAGUGCCGCCCUAUUGUCCAGCAUCGGUGUCCUUGCAGCCGGCGCCAGGCGAUGUCGGCAAAUCCUGUGGCGUUGAUUACGAGCUGAAGGCGUUUGUGGGCGAGCACAUCGAGGACAAACCACACAAACGCAACUCGGUGCGUUUGACAAUUAGGAAGGUGAUGUAUGCACCGUCCAAGGCCGGCGAGCAGCCCUCGAUUGAGGUGAGCAAGGAGUUCAUGAUGAAGCCAAAUAAAAUCCAUUUGGAGGCGAGCCUGGACAAGGAGUUGUAUCAUCAUGGCGAGAAGAUAUCGAUCAAUGUGCAUGUGGCCAACAAUUCAAAUCGCACCGUUAAAAAGAUCAAGGUCUGUGUUCGCCAGUUUGCCGACAUUUGCCUCUUCUCGACGGCCCAAUACAAGUCGGUGGUGGCUGAAACAGAAUCUGAGGAUGGUUGCAGUGUGGGACCCGGUUUUACGCUCUCCAAGGUCUUUGAGCUGUGUCCCCUACUGCUGAACAACAAAGAUAAAUGGGGACUGGCACUCGAUGGACAGCUUAAGCACGAGGAUACAAAUCUGGCGUCUAGCACGCUCAUCACUAAUCCUGCACAGCGCGAAAGCUUGGGCAUUUUGGUGCACUACAAGGUGAAGGUGAAGCUACUGAUUGGAUCGCCGCUAUUGGGUGGUGAUUUGGUUGCCGAGCUGCCAUUCACGCUGAUGCAUCCCAAACCGGAGGAGGAGGAGCAUCCGAUUUUGGGUGAUCGGUCGCCGCGCGCCAGUCUCGCAGCACCGCUGCUCAGUCUGGGCGAUGGUGUCGAUGCUGGUGCUGCAGGAUCCUCGACACAAACGUCAAAGGAUGUGCCCACAACCACGAACCUCAUACAGCUGGACGACGAUGAGGCUCAGGACGAUGACAUUAUCUUUGAGGAUUUUGCGCGCCUACGCUUAAAAGGCGCCGAAACAGAGGCCUAAACCUAAUCCGUUGCCCCACCAAUGGUUUUGUGUGCAACUAAAAAAAACUGCAGGCUUAGAUCGGCCCAUAGACAUGCGCCCAAAUGGCGCCAGAUUUAUUGUCCAACUCAAUAAAUAUCAAAAAACACACAACAAAAACAAAAACAAAAAAGAAAACAUAAAACAAAUAAGGCAUUUGUAUCAUACGAUGUUUAUGCGGAAGCUCUGAUUGUAAACUUUGAAUACAUAGCCACGGUACAUAGUUUUGUAUUGCUAUUGAUAUGUGUAGGCCAUACGUUCUAGUAUCUAUAGUAUUUAAGCUGAAAAGUGUACGAAUUUUUUGGAAAUGUGAAAUUGUUUAACAAAUACACAGAAAACAAAAAUAAAACCCUCGACAACAAAAGAAGAAGAAUAAUAACAGACCAACAAGAACGCCUCCAAAAGUUGAAAUUAUGCACAAAAACUCAUGCAAUAAACUUUGUUAUUGUUUUUUUCAUUUUUUCCAUUGUAAUUGUAAACCCACAAAAAAAACACGCUCAAUUCUUUGUUAAGAGCCAUACAUACAUCUAUGACAGUAAGCAGCAUUUUGUUUAGCUCCACUCGGUUUAUAAGCUUUAAAUGGAAACCAUUUUGUAUUUAAAUUCCAAAAGAAAAAAAACGAACAUGUUUAUUUAAAUGCAAGAAUACACAUAAAUACAUUAACAUACAAUUAUAAUGCAAACAUGUUUAUGUAACUAAAAAAAAGAAUAAAAAUAUACAAACAACUAUUUGUUACCACAACACAAUUUCAAGUUAUGUAUAGUUUGAAAGCUUUCCAACGGAUUGAACUUUAAUGAGAAAUAUCAGCUACGUUAUAAGUUGACAUACAAAUUUGUAAUUUAAACACUUCAUUAGACUGAAACUGAAACCUUCUACAAAAACCUAUAUUUGAAACCUUUCGUUUACCGAUUUGUGUCCAUAUUAAAGCUUGUUUAUAUGCCAUAUAAUAUCAGCUACGCAAUUACAAUAUAAAUUGUUCAGCAAUAGAUAAGUGGUCUAUAAAGCAAAUUGCAUUAUUAGAUAACUGAUAACCGUAAAUCUUAUCAUAAAACACAUAGAAAAGCUGUUACCCAUUUGGUGUCUGUUUGGUUAUUUGGAAAGUGUGUGGCCGAUUAUUUUUAAUUGUUUAACAUUCCAGAACGAUGGAGAUGGAGAGGAGAGGAGAGGAGAGUAGAGGAGUGGAGUGGAGUGGAGUGUGGGUACAGUGUUGGGGCAAAUAAAGCCUCUAUAUGAUAUCAAGUUUGAUUAUGUACUCGAAUAUACCGUCAAUGUGUAACAAAUUGGCUUUGUGAAUCGAAAUUGAGGAAACGAAAUUUAACUCGAAUACGAAAAGCAAUUUUUAACUAGAAAAUUUAUAUAAACUAUAUAUGUGUAAAUACACAUUUAUAUAUAUUAAAUAUUUAUAAAAUAAAUGCUAGAUGUAUAUCAGAGAAGCGCAUACAUAUAAUUUAAACAAAUUGAUAUUCGUAUAAGCGAUAUAUAUUUUUGACAGCAUUUCAUAGAUCAUGUGAAUAGAAAUACAAAUACAGUGUACACUUUAGUUCCUUUCAUUGUUUUUUUGGCGCUUAGUAAUAAAGGCAGAUUUGUAUUGUCCUAGUUUUUAAUUAUUAUCAAUAAUGUACUUUUAUGAUCGAUUCGAAAUUCGGUUUGAAAAUAAUAUAUAUUUCUCUUAAGGCUUUUAAAUAAUACGUGCGAUUAUGGAAUUAGCUCGAAUUUGUUUUCAGUGCCCCAAAAAAAUAAUAUAGCAACAGAAAUGUGUUGUUAAAUAAUAAUGAAAACCGAUUGAAAAUAUAUUUUAAAUUGCAUUUUUAUAACGAGUAUAUUUGUAACUGUAUGUAUACAUUAUAUAUAUAUACUUAGAUAAGUUUGUUAGAAUGUUUUUUAUCACACAAAUGAAAAAAAAAUGAAAAAAAAAAACAUACAGCAAGGAAAUAUUAACAUAAAUGUGCAUUACAAACUGGUAAAAUGGAUACAAUAUAGAACAAUUCAAAUAAUAAUAAUAUUAUGUAUAGUGACAUAAGUCUAUAAAUGUGAAAAAGAAAUUUAUAUUAGUGAACAUGGAUAUGUUUUCAAUACGUACCAACAUAUUUAGCGCAAAUAUAAAGCAUUUAUGUAUGUAUAUCUAAAAAACAAAGUAAAUAAAGCUAAUGUUUAUAUAUUAAAAUGAAUGUCCCACUAAAUCAGCUUAUCAAGAAUUUGUCACAAUUAAUUUUAAACAUUUUUAUAAUACAUUUUAUAUGACUACACAUACAAGUGUAUUUGUACAAAAAAAAAAAAAACGGAAAGAAUCUGUAGCUGCACAAAAAGAAAAAAAAAGAUAAAGAAAAAAAAAAUAUAUAUGAACAUUUGUAUUUUUUAAGUACAUUUUUGUCUGGUACCAAAAUGCAUUCAAUUUGAUAAAUGUUAAUGUUUAAUGUAUACAUUAAAAACAUACAUUAAUAAUAUUAGCGAUUAGAUGAGUGAAGAGUAUUAUGAGCUGUUACCUAGCCCACACAGAAUCCCCCACGUUUAUCUUUAAUGCUAAUCAGUACUAAUCAACCUAACGCCACUUGCAUUACAUUCACAUAUAUACAUAUUUACAUCAAACUUAUGUACAGAUGUACAUACUGUAUUAAUGAACAUAAUCGAGAAUCGAUCGGUUCACUGAAUGGAAUGUAUGCAUUGCUAAACUAACCCACGUGUAACAUGAUAACGAUCAAGUUUAUAGUCUGUAGAGUGAAUCAAAAUCGUAUGUAUGCAUAUAUAUAUAUAGAUAUAUAUAUAUAUGUAUGUAUGUAUGUAUGUAUGUAUGUCUACACCUGCAAAAUAUGAUAUUAUUAUGGAUGUAGUCAAUGUGAAUAUGGUCAAAUACGUUACGAAAGCGCAACAUUAAAUGUUGUAUUUGUAAAUGUUAUAAAUACCUACAAUAAGUUAAUAAAAAUAAAUAAUUGUUAGCAAUACACCUACCUUCAUGGAACAACGUUAAUAUAAUACUAUCCUCAUCCGAGUUUGGGGUUGUGUCCGAAAUGCCAUACCGAAAAAGCUUUAGCCACGGACAAAUUAACAAAUAUUACAAAAAAAAUAUAUAUAAAUAAAAAUGAUGUAUGUGAAAAUCUCAACGAGAGACUAUCAGUAUUG